AUGCUGGCCAUUCGCUCCCUCUCCGCCAGGCAAUGCCUGCGCGCUGCUCCCCGCGCUGCCACCUGGUCUGUCGCUGUAAGGACCAACGAGCAACUACCCCAAUCUCGUUUUGGGUUGCUAACGCGCGAAUCCAAACAGAACCAGCGAUUCUACUCCUCUGCUGGCGACCGUGUUGCCAAGUACGAGGGCGUCCAAGAUGCCAAGGGCAACUACGUCGUCUCCCUGAUUGAGGGUGAUGGUAUUGGUCCCGAGAUUGCCGAGUCCGUCAAGGACAUCUUCUCUGCUGCCAAGGUCCGUCUACUCCGUUCAUCCACACCAACAGCAGCAACAGCGUCCGCUAAUAAUGGCAAGACCGCCAUUCCCGACGCGGCCAUUGACAGCAUCAAGAAGAACAAAAUUGCCCUCAAGGGACCUCUUGCUACCCCCAUCGGCAAGGGCCACGUCUCCCUCAACCUCACCCUCCGCCGUACCUUCAACCUCUUCGCGAACCUCCGUCCCUGCCGCUCCGUUGCUGGCUUCAAGACUCCCUACGACGGUGUCGACACCGUCCUGAUUCGUGAGAAUACCGAGGGAGAAUACUCCGGCAUCGAGCAUGUUGUCGUCGACGGUGUCGUCCAGAGCAUCAAGCUUAUCACCCGCAAGGCCUCGGAGCGCGUUCUUCGCUUCGCUUUCCAGCACGCCCAAUCCAUUGGCCGCACCAAGGUCCGCGUUGUUCACAAGGCCACCAUCAUGAAGAUGUCCGACGGUCUCUUCCUCAACGUGGGUCGUGAGGUCGCCAAGGAUUUCCCCGAUAUCGAGUUCGACGCCGAGCUUCUUGACAACACCUGCCUGAAGAUGGUUACCGACCCCAACCCCUACAACGACAAGGUCCUCGUUAUGCCCAACCUGUACGGUGACAUUCUCUCUGACAUGUGCGCCGGUCUGAUCGGUGGCCUUGGCCUCACCCCCUCGGGUAACAUUGGUGACGAGUGCUCCAUCUUCGAGGCCGUCCACGGUUCCGCCCCUGAUAUCGCUGGCAAGGGUCUCGCCAACCCCACCGCUCUUCUCCUAUCCUCCAUCAUGAUGCUGCGUCACAUGGGUCUCACCGACAAGGCCGCUCAGGUCGAGAAGGCUAUUUUCGACACCAUGGCCGAGGGCAAGGCUCUCACCGGUGAUCUUGGCGGCAAGGCUAAGACUAGCGAAUACGCCUCUGCUAUCAUUAGCAGACUGUAA